AUGCGGUUUACGAAGCCAUCGUGGGUAAUGCACCAAGACGGAACGCGUAAUGAGAACGCCAAACGUCUCUCGAUGUUCUCCGUGCACGUCCAUCCUGACGGCUCGCGAAUCGCUACAGGUGGUCUCGAUGCGAAGAUUCGCAUAUGGUCUACGAAACCGAUCUUGAACGCUGCGGCGGAUGCUACCAAUAAACCUCCAAAGUCGUUGUGCACGCUGACAAUGCAUACGGGUCCGGUGCUUACUGUUAGAUGGGCACAUUCAGGUCGAUGGCUGGCGAGUGGAAGUGAUGACGAGAUUAUUAUGAUUUGGGAUCUUGAUCCGACAGGUUCGGGAAAGGUCUGGGGUUUGGACGAGGUGAAUGUUGAAGGCUGGAAACCGUUGAAACGAUUACCGGGCCAUGAAAGUGAUGUAACGGACCUCGCGUGGUCCCCUGAAGAUCGGUAUCUAGCUUCCACCGGCCUGGACUCGAAAGUAAUGAUCUGGUGUGGCUACACCCUGGAACGCCUCUUCAAACUCGAUAUGCACCAGGGUUUCGUAAAGGGUGUAUGUUGGGAUCCCGUUGGUGAGUUCCUUGCGACACAGUCGGACGAUCGUACUGUUCGGAUAUGGCGCACGACGGAUUGGGGUUUGGAAGCAACCGUAACGCGACCGUUCGAGCAUUCACCAGGGAGCACGUUCUUUCGACGGCUAAGCUGGUCUCCUGAUGGCGCACAUAUUACUGCGUCCAAUGCGAUGAACAAUAACGGAUAUGUCUUCACUGCUGCGGUCAUCUCCCGCAACACUUGGACGUCUGACAUUUCCUUAGUUGGACACGAGAAUACUGUCGAGGUCGCAUGCUAUAACCCGCACAUUUUCCUCCGAGAUCCUCAAAAGCCCGUUGUUACAAAUAAUAUAUGCUCUGUCGUUGCACUUGGUGCGGAUGAUCGUUCCGUCAGUGUUUGGCAAACGAAGAGCGCGCGCCCGCUCAUUGUUGCAAAAGAGGUCUUUGAGCGUCAAAUAAUGGAUCUCAGUUGGUCAGUCGACGGAUUGGCACUCUACGCCGUGUCAAGCGAUGGCACACUUGCUGCCUUUGCCUUCGACCGGAACGAGCUGGAAGGAAUUGCACCACCAGCAGCACAACGGCAGUAUCUCAGUAAAUUCGGCUUCUCCCUCCCGCCCCUCCCACCUAGCUUUGCUCACGCAGAGCACAAUAUUCAUAUGAAUGGACACACUAGCGGACGCUCAACCCCUCCACUUACACCACCCGCUGCACAUCAGAAUGGCUUCGGGCACGUGUCGUCUACUCGACCUGGCGAACAAGUAACGACGCUUGUUGCGCGUCGUGGACCCAAGGGUCGCGAUCGUGCGCAGAGGCGCAUUCAGCCAACUUUUGUUGGCUCACUUGGAGGAGCGGGGAACGUACCCUCGGCUUCAACCGUUCCUCCCACGCAGAUUUCCGCUCCACCGUCAUCCAUAAGUAUCAACACAAAUGCAAACGUGCCGGCAAUGAGUUACCUUCCUCCACCUCCUAUUUCCUCAUCUGUGUCAUCCACUGGGUUUGGUUAUACCAAUGGUUUUGAUGGAAUGGACGUGGAAGGUGGCGGACCUGACUUCGGCGGAGGUGUGGAUAUGACAGUCCCGAUCAGUGCACUCGAUACACGUGGUGGACGCCGCAGCCGAGGGGAUACGAUCACGGUUUCGUACGGUGAUGAUAAUGGGAAACAGCCCAAAGCCCGCACAUUAGGUGGCGAUCGCCUUAGAGACACGAGUGAGAGAGAAGCCCGUGAGAUUAGGCGUAGUGAUGCCCUGGGCUUGCGAAAUAUUGGCGGCCCGUCGACAGGUAGCCUUGUACGGGAAACUGUUUUGUCGACACCGGGUUUAAAGACGUUCCUCUCUGAGCGUGUCGCGGAAACGGGAGACGUCCUUGAAGCUCGGAACUCCGAAGAUGGAAAACCAACUGAGAUAACGUUCUUCACCUCGAAGGAGAAGACGGUGCAAUGGUUGGACUAUCUGCCUUCACCGGUCCUAUGUGUUUGUGCUUCAAACAGAAUCUGCGCUGCCGCAAUGGAGGACGGAGCGGUCAACGUUUAUUCAUUGACUGGACGACGAAUUAUGCCCACACUUAUGCUUGGUUCGCCUGUGGCAUUCUUGGAUGCAGCAAAAUAUUAUCUCAUGGCUAUCACGGCGUCGGGCCAAGUCUACGUUUGGAACGCGAAGUUGUCUUCCGCAUUACAUCCUCCAACAUCUCUCCUCCCAUUCCUUUCGACGAGUCCUCCAACAACAGAUUAUCCCAAUGGUUUAUUGCCUACCGUCCUUUCUGCGUCAAUCCGACCGAACGGUGCACCCGUCGUGUAUCUUAGCACAGGAACUUCAUUAAGCUAUGACUCCGCACUCCUUACAUGGGUACGAAUCGGUGAGAGCUGGUGGGCGAGCGGAUCAUCCGCAUGGAAAGGUCGCCAACGCACAUCUAUGUCUCUAACCCCUGGUGGAGCAGGCAAUGGGAUUGUUGCAUCCAUCGAGGCUCGUGUCGCAGAGCAUAUGUCAAACAAUGGAUCACCAUCAGAUGCAGAGAAGCCACGACCGACUUGGUGGACCGCAGCGAUGACUCUUGGACACCUCGAGAGCCGGAUGCAUGCCGCUCGUGUGCUCGGGAGUGCGCCAGAAUACAAACAAGCAUUGUUGUUGUAUGCGAAGACGAUUGCGGAUGAAGGUUUCCGAGGAAAAGCGGAGGAAGUGCUGAAAGAACUCUAUGGUCCUGUUUAUUGGUGA